AUGUUUUUCCAGCAGCCAAAUGACGAAGGAUCAAUAGAGUCUAUGAACCUAAAGAGACUGGCAACGAUCAGGGACUUCUGCAGAAGGAAUAAUAAAACCAACGAGUCCCUGAAGGAUAUCUCGAAACUUAACAUCAUCGUUAAUGAAGAGUAUAAAAUAUUAUUUUGCUACAUUCCAAAAAUUGCCUGUACUCAAUGGAAAAGUGUCAUGGCAAGUCUUUACGGUCCACAACUUAGGUACCCUGGGAUCCACGAUGCAAGAAAUUUUAAUUUUCUGAGUAACUAUCCAGCAGACGAAGUCAAAAGGAUGCUGAAAACAUACUUUAAGUUCGUGUUUGUUCGAGAACCUUUCGAGCGGCUUUUAUCUGCUUACUUGGAUAAAUUCCUACGAGGUGAACCCGCGUUUCACCAUAAUUAUGGAAAACGCAUUAUUACGCUGUACAGACCGGGAGGUAAUCCAGAAGAUAAAAACGUCAAAUUCGACGAAUAUUUAAACUACGUUCUACACAUCGGGGACGGAUACUGGAACGAGCACUGGCAAACUUACAACAACCUCUGUCAGCCCUGUGGUAUUUCUUAUGAUUUCAUUGGACACUUCGAAAAUCUUGAAGAAGAGGCUCAAUAUGCUUUAGAAAUAUCUGGUGUAACAAAAAAGGCGAAUGUCUCAUUUCCUUCGGUCAAACCAUCGCUAACCUCAUCACAAGUUCCAUUUUUCUACAAACAAAUCCACAAGGAGCGGCUUUACGGAACUAUGCAGUUAUUUGGACCAGACUCUGAAAUGUUUGGAUAUGACUUGCCAAAAUCAUUUUAUAAAAUCAUUUCUGAACUCAGCCAGCAGAACAGAACGAAUGACGAUCCCUAA